AUGAAAGCCUGCUCUCCGACAGCAGAGGCACACAGAGCUGCAGGACAGAACCUGGGCUUUAAGAUGUAUCUCUCAGAUCCGACAGAAACUGUAUUGAAGGAAAGUAAAAGUUCGUCCUGGAGCCCCAUCAAUGCAGGAGUACAGAAAGGAAGCGGUCAGAUCCAGCUGUGGCAGUUUCUCCUGGAGCUCCUGUCGGACAGCUCUAAUGUGUCGUGUAUAGCGUGGGAGGGGGCGAGCGGUGAGUUUAAGCUGACCGACCCGGAUGAGGUGGCUCGACGCUGGGGGGCACGCAAGAGCAAGCCCAACAUGAACUACGACAAGCUGAGUCGUGCGCUGCGCUACUACUACGACAAGAACAUCAUGAGCAAAGUCCACGGCAAGCGCUACGCCUACAGAUUUGACUUUCGUGGCCUGGCGCAGGCCUGCCAGCCCUCUUCCACUUCCACUUCCUCCUCUUCUUCCUCUGAAGCUCUUUACACGCUCCACACCAACUUCACUUCCAUUCCAUUCUCAGGAAUCUCCAAGCUGAACCUGGUGGCUCCUGGCGUCGGCCCUCACGGCUUUCCGUACUGGACCGGAUCCGGCCCGGCGCUGUAUCCGAGUCACAGCCUGCAGCCAUCUGCGCAUUUCAGUGCAGCGCACAUCAGCUGUGUGAACAACAUCAACCACCUCAACAACAUCAACAAUCACUAUAACUGAGGGGGCGGAGUCAUCUGCUGUUGGGGUCAGCUAGUCAAUGUGACUGGAUUUGUAGCUAAACCUUAACGACAUUCAGAGUUUUCGCCAUAUUUCUGAUCUUGUCUAACUGACUUGCGCUACUGCUGUGCUAAUAGAUUUUUCUUACCUGUGUCACCAUAAGCAGGGUUAGAAUGAACUCAGAACAUUAGCUAACUCACUGUCACAGGUUUCAUGAACAAUUAACAGUUGCAGGAUCACUAUUUAGCAGAAUAAUUAGUACUAAAAAUGUCAAUUUGCAGACUUUUAGUAGCAUAGCAUUUUGGAUGUAGCAGCAUGCUAUCGAGCUAAACUAUGUGAAAAAAAAUGCUCUGUAGCUCGGUUAGAAAUGUAAUUAUAAACACCUCAUGCACAUUUGUCUGAACAAUAUUCACUAGCAUUUUUAAUGGCUAAAGCAGUUUUAGACAGGUGCAUGCUAAUGAAUGUAGCCUUGUUUCAAAAACUAUAAAUAUGUUGCUAUGGAAACGGUUUGCAGGUUGUUUGUAGCAUGCUGCACUGAUAUUAGCACGCUAGUCCUAGCUGUGGAAUUAAGAUCUGGAACAAAUGAAGAAUUGUAACUGAAUUAUAAACAAAGAUCUAAAGCUGAUGCACUGCUGCUUCUCAUCGAAUUCUACAUUAAUG